CUUUGUUAACAAUCAAGACUUCUCACUCACUUAUAAUUAAAUCAUAAUUAAGCUGGGGAAUAUAUUUUAGCAGUGUUGAUGUUAGUCCUGAUUCAAAUAUUUCUUUACACUUUGAGAGGAUAAUUUGUAACAUCUUGUGAAUAUUAUACCAAAAGGAUUUUACCCAAGAUAAAAUAUAUCAUCUAUCUAUUCUUCACUUCUUCCUGCUUACCAGUCUUACCCAUAUAUUUAUUCCAUCAGUCUGCCUUUCAUUCUUAGUAUAUUUUAUAUAUAUAUAUAUAUAAAACUUUUUAUUGACUUCAUAAAUAGGAUUUACAUUUUUGGUGGGAAUAGUUUACACAUAAAGAACUUUCUCACUAAACCCCACUUUUAAUAGGAAAACAAUUAAAUGACUAAACAAACCAUAGGAAAAAUAACUACAUUGAACAGUUAAACAAACCUAAACUUUCUGGAUCGUUAUUGUUUAUGUUAUAACACUAAAAUAUGCAGAACCAAUAUACAACAAUGGUGCAUGAUUUUGGUUUGAGGGGGUACCAUAUCAUGAACACCAAAACCCUACAACCACCCAAUUCCUUAUCAGGCAACAGAUUUAAGAAUUUGAACCUUGAACCAAGUUUUGAAUCCUUGCCCUACUUCUAUAAGAACAUAUGCAGUUCAGAAGAGGCCACUCGGUUCAUGAAUUCCCUUCCAGCUAAGAAAGGUCAAUUUAUCAUCCGCAAAAGCUCUAAGGGAAGCAACUAUCUUUCAAUCACUGUUGAAUUGUCCAACCGUCACAUUAAACAUGUCAAUAUCAAGAUUGUCAGAGACAGUCAGGGUGGAGAAUCAUUUUGUUUACUCUAUGAGCUUGGUAAUUUCAAAUCUUUGGCCUCACUAAUUGAAUACUAUAAAGUUCAUCCAAUUGACAACAUCGAAAAAGUACAGGAUGUGAAGCUACUUUAUCCCAUUAUGAGAAAACCUUCUGACUCUGAUAUCAUGGACGGAGUUGUUGAAAAUUUCCAUGGUUCUGUAGGCCUUCAAACUAACAAUAACCAGCAGGUAACUACACCUGAUAACAACAACUUUUUCCUUGAAAGCCGUCCUCCUGCUGCGGUUCCACCGACUUUAUCUAAGCAGCAAAAUGUGGAUGCAACACAGUCGAGUUUUUAUUACACCUAUGUACAAAAUAUGAACGAAGACCGCAGUCGGCUUUUAUGGCAGACACUUAGAAUGGAAGAAAGAUGCAUGUGUGGAAUACGCAUACAAGAUUCACAACUUCCUGAUAAUUUUACAGUUCACCAAAUACAAGAUUCAAAUGGUUGGAGACUCUAUUUCCAGGACCAGAAUAAAGUGACAUCGUGGAUUCUACCUGAUCAUGUCAUUGAGAGAAUGGAACCAUUUCACUGGAAUAACUUGACAAAGCUUUAUGCCCCCAAACCAUUACCUGAGUGGCUCCAAAUUAAAAGAGCCAUUUUAAUCAGCAAAAAAUGAUCGUUGAUUCUGUGAUAGAAUAUUUGGAUUUUAUUUAUUUUACCAUUGUUGCUAAUGUCUGUGUGUCCUCAGUCACAAUACUCUUUCACAAACCUGUAAUAAACAUUGUUUUUGUUUUCUAAGUGUAUGUUAUAAUGAACAUUUUAAUAACUAUUUCUUUUUCUGUUUUUUUUUCCUCAUUGUUGUUAAAUGUAUCAAUUACUUUGAUGAGCCCUUUGUUUUAUAUCCCCUGUAAUGGUUAUUUCUUUCUGCCAAAAGCUAUUAAAAUUUUUAACUUCUGUGCAAAAGAGUAGUUUUCUGGUUGGAGUAGAUGACUAAACACAUUGUCAUCUUUUGAUGUAAGAUCAAAUUCUGCUAAAUUUGUUUUGCCUUUAAACCUUCCAGGAUCAAUAAAACAGUUUGAUACAAGGGUCAGUUGAACUGCCCCCAUCCCAUUCCAUACAAA